GACACGGCUUCUUCCGUGUCGUUCUGGUAAAGAAUCAUUCUCCAGUCCAUCUGGCACAGAGAGAGCGCGACUUUUACGGUUGUCGCCGCCUCGAGUCUUAGCGACCUAACUGUAAAGAUUCACUCCUUCCAUAAGCCGCUACACUUUGCAAUGCUAGCAGCGUGCCGCCCGCUGCCCCGAUUUCUGAACAGCUCGAAACGCGGCAAAAAAGAGAGGGUGUUAAUGGAAGAGCGUCAUCCUUUCGCGGGCGUUUGUGAGAGGUGGACGGCUGCUUGUCUUUCGGCGCAAGUUCUGGGAAAAGUCGAACAAUUGAGAAAUUCCAAACACCUAGGAAAGUGCCGGACGAAAGGGAGUUCCAGGCGUCCUGCGCGAGCGAAGGAUGAGGGAUUGGCGCUGAUUCCGGAGUGGUACGGAUUCCGGAUCAUUUCGUCCUGCGGUUGUCGAGCUCGGUGUCGAGUCAGAAAGUCGCGGGAAUGUGCUCUGGUGUUUAGGUCUGUGCAAAUGUUGUUACACUCGUGGUGGCAACAUCGAAUUGUUCCACAGGGACGCAAACUGGGCAAAGAGAACUCGGCCUGUUUUCGUUGUUUCCCAUCACCGCCCGCCGACCAGUUGCGUGGUCACACACAGCACUCAGGCCACUGCGUGUACAUCGUUUUUUCGUUCAAGAGAAGCUGGCGGAUUUAAAAGCCAAGUCAUUUGUCUUACCGCGCACCCUUGACGCGAGCUUUGUCCGCCUGCGACUGUCUGCAAGUUGAUUCGAAUCACGAAAAUGGCGAUUGGCGACCAAGUGUGCUUUCAGUCGCCGGGGACGGAGAAGUCGAAGAAAGGCUGCGUCACCGAGAGUACCGCAGUGCCCGAGAGCGAAGGCGAGGCAACUUGCGUCACAGAUGUUCCUGGUGAAACCGCUGGCAAAUCCACGGUCUCGAACGCCUCUGAGACCGAGCAACUUCUCGCGCCGUUCGCUCCAGACGGCACUCCCCAGGAUUUUCAGUGGACGACGCAGCCUAUUCCGCACUCGUAUCGAAGACGUACCAUUCUGGAAAAGCAUCCUGAAGUCGAGGAGCUGUUUGGGUACGAUGUCCGCGAGGCCAUAACGGGGACGCUGUCGAUUUUUCUGAACUUUUUCAUCGGCUACAAGAUUGUCGAGUGGCAGUUCGGGUGGCCCGCCGUCUUACUGUGCAUGGCAGUUUUCAGUGCGACGAUCAACCACUCGCUUUUUCUCGUGAUGCACGAGGCGUCCCACAUGCUUUUGCUGCCGGAGCGGUGGAUGAAUGAAGUCUUUGCAAUCUUCUGCAAUUUGUCAAUGGGCACGCCAGCCGGAAUUGGCUUCAUGCGCUACCACUUAGACCACCACACAUACACGGGGGUCGAUGUCGUCGAUCCAGACAUCCCCAGCGAGAUUGAGGGCAGGUUGUUCAAGUCCCGACUCGGGAAAUUCAUUUUUGUGCUGCUGUUGCCCUUCACCUACACUUUGCGGCCGAUGUUGCGGACACCUAAGGAGCCGAUUUUCAUGGAGGUAGUCAACUGGGUAGUUGUCAUUCUCUGGGACAUUCUUGUUUACCAGCACCUCGGAGCGAAGGGGCUCGUCUACUUUGUCGGCGGGUCGUUUUUUUCCUUGUCGUUCCACCCUCUGAAUGGCCACCUCAUUUCGGAACACUACCAGUUCCCGAAGGGGGAGAAGCUCCAGGAAACGUACAGCGCCUACGGAUGGGAAAAUCUGCUCACGUACAACUGCGGAUACCACCUCGAACACCACGACUUUCCACGCAUUCCCGGAUCCCGGCUUCCGGAACUGCACCGGAUUGCCAAGGAGUUCUACGACCUGCCACACCACACCUCGUGGAUGAGGGUUGUGUGGGAUUUCAUUAUGACGAAAGAAGUCGGCCCCUUCAGCCGCGUCAAACGCGUUGCCACGCGAGGCGGAAAAAUCCCUUUCCCCCACAAACAGUUUGUUGCAGACGAGUUGAACGAACUCGGCCCCUUUUGGACUGGGCCGAAAACAGAGUUCCAGAAAACUGCCGCUGACACCAAGAAGGCGCAGUGACGCGGAAACCCGCUUUCUCCUGUCGCAUGCAAAGCGAAUAGAUGUCGACUGCGUGUGUCCAUACAUAUAUGCUUUUGUAUUUAGGUUUAUAUCAUAUGGUUUACUUGAGAAGGGGGAUUCUGAGAAACACUCCGGAACCGACGAAGAAUGCCACGAUCACUCGGUGACACUGGUGAGCUCUAGCGCUUUAGAGCAGGGCGAUCUUUCUUCUACAUACGUACGUUUGCAUGUACGUAUGUAUAUAUACGCUCUGGUAUCUUAUAUUUGCUUCGGUCGGAUUCUCUUGCACCAUGUUUCAAGUCAGGGAACGCGUCGCCUCGAAUCGGAUUAUUCAGUUUUCACGAAACGAAAUGUCCUUCGGUAGCGAGGCAAAUUCGGGAAUGUGCGCAUUGCGCGUCAUGGCUAGUGCUUGUUCCUGUUGUUCUUGAUUUUUUUUUUCAAGGGUUUCGUCCACUAGGCAAUCUUUGUCCGUAUUGCUGCAAUGACGUUUUGUUUAUCCAGCGAAACAACUAAUUUUGUUUUCCAUGUUUGUACGCAAGACUGCCCUGACACUCUCUGAUGGUAACCGCCACAGAAGCUACUUCAGUGCUGCAAGUAGAUUUACGG